AGGACAAGAUCUGAUUAGCAGCAGGUUAUUCUCCUUGUUCUUUAAAAGCAAACAAGAGCAUAUACAUACAAAGCCCUUCACUCACACUGAAGAUGCAAGAUGAAGAAGGAUACAUGGCAUUGAACAUACAACUGAAAAAGAGGAGCUCUAGCCAAGCAUCCCGACUUAAAUUUAAAGAUUAUUCUGUGAUGUUGCGCUGGUAUAAAAUCUUUUUGGGAAUAUCUGGAACAGUAAAUGGCAUUCUGGUUUUGAUUUUCAUCUCCCUGAUCUUACUGGUUUCUCAGGGAAUGUUGCUUACAUGCCAAAAUGAAAACAAUUCAAAUGCCACCCAGCAUGAUGACACUGGAAACCUUAAAGUAAAUGGUGACAAAAGAGGAAAUAUAAGGGGAUUGUGCCCAUCAGGAUGGCUCAGAUAUGAACAUAAGUGUUACUGGUUCUCUAAUGAAAUGAAAAGUUGGAAAGGCAGUUAUGAGUAUUGUCUGGAAAGAAAAUCUCGUCUCUUAAUCAUAUCUGACCAGCUCGAGAUGGCUUUUAUACAGAAACACCUAAAACAGUCAAACUAUAUGUGGAUUGGGCUUAGCUUUACCUCCAUAACAAGAACAUGGACCUGGUUGGAUGGUUCUCCAUUAGAUUCAAAGAGAUUCUCCAAAAAAGGACCAGAUGAAAAAAAUAGCUGUGCUGCCAUCAGGGGAAACAAUAUUUACUCUGAAACCUGCAACAGUGUUCUCAAAUGGAUUUGUCAAUAUUAGGAACUGGAAAAAUACUGAUAGUGAUUUUUUUUGACAACAUGGAUGGAAGUGGAGAGAAUGAUGCUAAGCGAAAUAUGUUAGAAACAGAAAAACAAAUACAAGAUGGUCUCACUUAUAUGUGGAAUAUAGAGAAAUAAAAUGGGUUAGUCUUAGUGUUACUUGACAUUCAUAAC